AUGGAGGUGGAGGCGGCGAGGCCGGAUAAGCUGGAGCCUCCUCCCUCGCCGGUGAAGGGGGCCGGCGAGAAUGGCGCGGCCACCAAGCUGCAGAAGGUGUACCGCAGCUACCGGACCCGCCGGAAGCUCGCCGACUCCGCCGUCGUCGUCGAGGAGCUCUGGUAUGGCAUCUUCUCCGGAUCCUUUUCCUCUCCGGGGCCCAUGCCUCUGGUGGUGUGGACAUGUGGUUCCUUCCCCUCUGUUCCGUUCGAUUUGGUGCUGAACAAGAGCGGCGGCAUGCGACCCCCUUUGGUCUUCUUGGGGAUUGGCUUUUCCCUGCAAGAGCGUGAGCAUUAUGAAUACAUCAUUAACGAGGGAAAAGUUAUCCAUAAACAGUCUGGAGAACCACUUGAUACAAGGGGUCCUAAGGGGACUAAAUGGAUAUUUGUUAUGAGUACAAAAAAAAAACUUUAUGCUGGCAUGAAACAGAGAGGCGUAUUCCAGCACUCCAGCUUUUUGGCAGGAGGUGCAACUAUAGCUGCUGGAAGAUUUACUGCAGAAAAUGGAGUAAUCAAGUCCAUCUGGGCGUACAGCGGUCACUACAAACCUAGUGCAGAGAACCUCCGCAAUUUCAUGAACUUCCUUGAAGAGAAUGGAGUCGACCUCAAAGAAGUUGAGGUGCGCUCAUCCACCAGAGAAGACUACAACGAAGAUCCAGUGCCUAAUGACUCACAGAAGUUUACUUCAGCUAUCAUGGAACCAGGUCUUCCACAAGUGGUUCCCCCUCCAAACACCACAGAAGGCAAUGAAGGAGACAACGCUCCUGAAGAACAAGCCAGGCCAACCUACCAAAGGACCUUAUCGGGUGCACUGCAAAGAUCACAUGCCUGGUUUGUCCAUGCUGCUUCUCCGCUGUCCUGUGGUUCCAUUCAGAGAAGCACAGUGCAAUGUUCUCCAACUGAAAUAGGCUAUGGGCAGAAUCUGUCACAUUUCAGAUAUGAUAGCUUUGAAGCAGAUGUGAUAGUAUGUUUCAUUACCGUGGUUAAGGAACUUGCUUUAUAUUUGUAUCCUUUGUAA